GCCAUCACUUGGCAGGGCCGUUGGGGUGGAGGAAGAGGGCUUCGGCCGAAGGUGACGCUGAGGCGACGGAGGUGCGGAGAGCAGAGUGGGCCGUGAGUGAGAGCGAGCCACGGCAGCACUUCAGGCGCUCUCCCCCACCUCUCUGCGGUGAAUGGCGGCGGGAUGGAGCACGAGGGGAGCGGCGACAGCGGGGGAUCGGCUGGGCUCCUGCAGCAGAUCCUCAGCCUGAAGCUCGUGCCGCGCGUGGGCAACGGGACCUUGUGCCCUAACUCCACUUCUCUCUGCUCCUUCCCAGAGAUGUGGUAUGGUGUGUUCCUGUGGGCACUGGUGUCCUCUCUCUUCUUUCAUGUCCCUGCUGGAUUACUGGCCCUCUUCACCCUCAGACAUCACAAAUAUGGUAGGUUCAUGUCUGUAAGCAUCCUGUUGAUGGGCAUCGUGGGACCAAUUACUGCUGGAAUCUUGACAAGUGCAGCAAUUGCUGGAGUGUACCGAGCAGCAGGAAAGGAAAUGAUUCCAUUUGAAGCCCUCACCUUGGGCACUGGACAGACAUUUUGUGUAGUGGUGGUCUCCUUUUUACGGAUUUUAGCUACUCUAUAGCACAUACCCUUGUGCUAUGAUGGUGAACCUAAGUUUCAUAGAAUCCUCAAAAAGAAUACAGUAUGGAAUGUGUUUUCUUAGUUCUUCAAACGGGAAGCAACUUGGAUGAAAAGGUAUAUGAAGAACAACAUUUCAGUCCUUUCUUCAAUUUGAAGCUCCAGGAAUUAAAGAUCUUUUUGGACUCAUUGUUCUCAACCAAAACAAAUCAACUUUCUUUUCUUUCUUUCUUUUUUUUACAUAUUUAAUUCAGGCAGUUUUACGGGUGUACCUUUACGCAAGCCAGGUCAGCAGUGCUUCUGGGUUGGCAUCCUUCACACUGAAAUUUAUAAUGUUCUGUGAGAAAAUGCAACGUUGCAUAUUUCAGAGAAAUUAUGGAUCAUAUUAGUUUAUUUCUGAGCAGAGUAUACUGUACUAAAAUCUAACUUGAUCUAACCUUGAUUAAAAUUUGGCAAACUCAUCUCUUGCUACAUCUUCAUGACAGUAAGUGCCAAGUAGGUUUUGGUUGAAUGUCGUGUUGAGAACAAAUUUGGUGAAAUCUGUUGCACACAAAAAAAUCUAUAACUCAAGUAGUGGCUUCGAUUCCUUUGUUUAAAGAAAAAGGAGCUAACUACUGAAUGAUGUGACAUUUUUAUGGAUAACUAUCUUGACCUCUGAUUAUUUAAUAUAUUUUAAGAGAUGUGAAUUUGUUUUUUGGUACAUUUUAUCAAAAUAAGCUAGAUAAUUGAGACUUUUUCCCCUAAAGCUCCUGUACCACCUCUUCCUAUUGCUUUUAUUCUACUGUUUUUAUUUAGUUUAAUUGGAAACAUACUCUAUUAAAGAGUUGGGAGUUGAAAAUUUUCACCCAGAUUGUUUAGGACACUCUUUGAACAUUGAGGCACACGCACAAAAAGAUACUUUAAGCGUUCUGUUACUGUUUUUCUUAGUGACUUUGGUUUACUCAUGGCUCUUGAAAAAUUGUAUAAGUGCAGCUUAAACUAGAGUUAGUGGUUAUGGAUUUCCUAGUCUUAAUGUGGUUACCUAGUGGUGGGUCUUCAGCUCACUUUCACAGUAUUGGGUAUCACUCCCAGAAAGUGCCUAAAGUUUAAUUUUCAGAUAUGCCUUCCACUGUGCCCUUUACAUUUUCCUUCAAGAGAAUUUAUAUCCUUAAAGAGAAUUAAAUAUCAGAGUUUUUUAAAACCCAAUUUUAGCUAUUUUAAUUUUUCUUCUAAUGCCUAACUUACUUUUUCAUUUAAAGGCCUGAAAACUGUAACCUUCAAAAGAAAAAGGAUUGCAAAAAUUAUCUAACUUUAUCCUUACCACCUAAACUGUUCUGUAUGAAAUACAAUCGAUGUUAUCUGUUUUCAAAAUAGUUUCUGGUAAUUAAAUCUGACAUUUUUAAAGGAAAGUUUUCAUUGUGAGUGUAAGGCUAACUGCCCAUGAGGCCGUGUGCAAUUCUAUUUGAUUUAAAGCAAUAUGCACUCUGGCUUCUGAUUAAAAACAGCCAGGAGGACCAAUUUACCAGGGAUAGUCAAAGGGAAAAAUUACAAAGGAUCACAAAAAGUAACUGGACAUUUUCUUUUAACUAAUCGGCCAUUAGACCACUUAUCAAAAUUAUAGUGUUAUAUACACAUAGACUAGGUGGAAAAUUACAGGAGUUGGAAUGUAGGCAAAUGUCUUUACAAAUUCCACAACAAGAUUACUCUCCAAUGCUCAAAUCUUUCUUUCAAGCAAAUUUUUAAGUCUUUAGUUGAAGACUCCAUUUUUCAGUUCAGUGAGCUGGAUUUGGAAAAGUAGCCCUUCAGUUUAAGAAGUUUGUUGUAGGAAAUGAUUUUAAUUAUCUCUAUUGAAGGAUGCCUCUUAGCAUUCUCACCUAAAACAUUCCUUUGGAUAGAAUUUCACAAAUUGAACAUGGGCCAGUGGUCAGUGGGCUCCUCCCCCUAAAUGCUAAUUUUUGAACAUACUGAUCCAUGAUUUAUUUGGUUUAUUUUUCUUUUAGAGCCAAGACACAAAAAUUAAUGCAUUUUGAAAGUUGUGUUUGUUUUCAUCUGUUUCUUGUUUUAUUAUCCACUCUUUUAAAAAACUUCAAAUAUAAAAGGCAUCUUCAAAUUAUUGAAUGUUUCAUUCAUCCCAGUAUGUGAACAUUCUCCUGUGAAUAAGUGUAUAUAGACUUUAUAUAGCUUGAGCUUUGUGGCUUGAAAUGUUUUCAGGGAGAAACUAUUUGAAUGAUAAGGAAUGUCUAUUCCUCCUUAGAGUUUAUUUUUCUUUUUAAUUUCUCAUCUCAAAUACACAAUUAGUUGGGGGUGGUUGCCCAGAUGAAAAAAUAUUGGCAUUUGUGUUGAACAUUUUAUCUUAUCACAUAUAGCUUCUGAGAAGUUUUGCCAACUACUGACUUUCCUAGAGACAUGUGCAACCACCCCUCCCUUAGCUGUGCAUCCACUUUUCCUUUUUUUUAUGAGUGGGAAGGAGGCAGCCCCAACCAUAAAAAGCUGAUUUCUGGAUUCUUUAAUAUUGAGGUUUUAGGGUAAAGGCGUUUCAUGUAAACUUAAAUCCAUAUACAAAUGAGUAAUGAAUAUUCCAAGAUAAAGAUGUCUCUUUGUGCUGUUAACUCAUUUUUUUUUUCAGCAAAACAUUACCUAGGAAAUGUCUAAACUAGGUGAGAAAAAGUUCAUGCAAAUAAUUAUCUUUAAGCCCUUAUGUUUUCUAAGUCUUUAAAUUGUAUGUUAGCUUUUGAUUCCAAAAGCUGCUCUGGUUUGAAUUAAGUUCUUAUUACAACUGCAGUGCAUACCAACCUUCCCUAGGAGACCAUUUCCUGGAAUGUGAAGUCCUGGUGCCAUUAGCUGUCCACAUGCAGAAGGUUCUGUGUACGUGCAUUUCUUUUUUGUGCACUCUGUCAGGCUGGUUGUGGCUAAAAUGAGCUCAGCUUUUUGUAUUAGAUUAUUUCACCAAAUGCUACAGUCAAAAUGAUCUAAUCUUUGUACCAUAGAAAAUUAUUUAAAUUUUAUUUUUCUACUGACAUUUCUAAUUCUGGUAUAUAUGUUUAUCAAUAAAGAGUUACUUUUAAUUCUGUGAACUAGAACUGUUAUUUCUUUUUCAGUGGCCAAUGAGUUUAAUCUUUUGUAAUAAGGUUUUCCAACUUAAUUUUUUUUUUAGUACUUAACAUAUAUGCUUAACUGUAUUUCUUUUAUGUUCAACUCACUAGUUUAUGGUAAAAUUUUUGUCCAAAGAUCUGAUUAAACUGUACUUACAUGU